CCAAACACGCAGGCGCCGCGGCCAUGCUGAGUGCCGUGUCUCGCGCUGCUCCACGCGCUGCGCUCCACUGUGCGCGUCGCUCCCCGCCGCCCGAGGCCCGCGCGCUCGCCAUGUCCCGGACAUCGCCACCGCGGGCCGCCACGGUGCUGGGCACCAUGGAGAUGGGGCGCCGCAUGGGCCCGCCUGCCAGCGCUGCGGCUGUGCGCGCCUUCCUGGAGCGCGGCCACACGGAGCUGGACACUGCCUUCAUGUACAGCGACGGCCAGUCCGAGACUAUCCUGGGCGGCCUGGGGCUUGGGCUGGGCGGCGGCGACUGCAGAGUGAAAAUUGCCACCAAGGCCAACCCUUGGGAUGGAAAAUCACUAAAGCCGGAUAGUGUUCGGUGCCAGCUGGAGACGUCAUUGAAGAGGCUGCAGUGUCCCCGAGUGGACCUCUUCUACCUACACGCACCUGACCACGGCACCCCAGUGGAAGAGACGCUGCGCGCCUGCCACCAGCUACACCAGGAGGGCAAGUUUGUGGAGCUUGGCCUCUCCAACUAUGCCUCCUGGGAAGUGGCUGAGAUCUGUACCCUCUGCAAGAGCAACGGCUGGAUCCUGCCCACUGUGUACCAGGGCAUGUACAACGCUACCACCCGGCAGGUGGAAACGGAGCUCUUCCCCUGCCUCAGGCACUUUGGACUGAGGUUCUAUGCCUACAACCCUCUGGCUGGGGGCCUGCUGACUGGCAAGUACAAAUACGAGGACAAGGAUGGGAAACAGCCCGUGGGCCGCUUCUUUGGGAAUAGCUGGGCUGAGACCUACAGGAAUCGCCACAGCCAGAGCUUCCGCCGCCAUGCUGGAGCUUCCGCCUCCGAAACUAAACGGAGUGAAGUCACGUUCGGUUUUCUCUAACGUUGGGAAACGAUGUAGCUGACACCCAUCGUGGAGAUGAAUCAGUUUUUAUCGGGUUUUUAACACUAAGUCUUGAGGAAUACAAUGGUGACCACAAAGGCAAACAUUAUACUGUGGAGACACACAGUUUUGAGACAUCUGUGACCAGGCAUGUCACGUGUGAAUAUACCACUGGACUUCAAAGCAAUACAUUGUAACUCUUUUUUUUUUGUCAUUUUACAACAGAUUCAUUUUAUUUUCAUCACCCUGGGGCGCACCCUGUUGUUGAGCUCUCUGGGUCAGACCUCUGGAGACUUCUCUGGUGGUUCCUAGUCUCUAGGCUUGCUCUGAAAUUACUCGUGCUCAGGGAGAGAGUUGAGGUGGUUGGCGUCCCCUCACUCUGUGCGUCCAGCUGCAGCGCCUCCUGAUGGAGUUCCUCAUUGAGUUGGUCACCGUGGCCGGAUGGUGUUGGCCUGCUCCCUUCCUCACAUGUUCUGAAAGCUGUGGGUUUUUUAGCAUUUCACUUCCUGGCUCUCCCUCGAGUUGAUUGUCUCUUCUUCACUACCUUGGGACUCUUCCUUGGGCUUCCGGACAUCGGUUGAGAGGAGGAUGUUCUUCUUCCCUGGUCCCCUUGGUGGCGGCUGGUGGUUGCUCUUCGACAGCUGGACUGGAGGCUCUCGGUUUUCUGUUCAUCUUCAGCAAGUCAAUGUCUCUCAAGGGUCUCACGUUGCAGCAUCUUACCAGAGGCCACUGGGCCUGCAGGUCCAGUAACCGCGGAGUGCACCUGAACUCAGCAGUCUCAUUCUGGUUGGCACUUGUCAGCAGAAGCCGAUGCCUGCCCAUCAGUUCUUUACUCCGAGGUGUUAGAGUGGAAUAAAAAUAUGAAUACUUGUU